AUGGCUCCUGUUGGCGGCGCCCUUUGGCGACAGCUGUGUGCGCAUCAGGUUUACGGCGCGAACACCAACGUCGGCAAAACAGUCGUCUCGACAGUUCUAUGUAAUGGAGCCUUGCGACACCCCUCUGCGCGCAAGGUUGGCUUCCUCAAACCUGUGUCUACAGGCCCGUUAGAUGAAGCAGACUACAGGCAUAUCGAACGCUUCUCACCGGGGACGCUGCAGAAGGGUCUAUAUCAAUUUGAUGAGCCUGUCAGCCCUCAUAUCGCAGCUCAGUCAAAGACUAUCCCCAAGGAUGACGAGAUUUUGACUGGGGUGCAUACCACUCUCACCAAAUGGGCUGACGACGGGAUCAAAUUCGCCCUGGUGGAAACGGCAGGCGGCGUCCACUCGCCUGGUCCUAAUGGAAACUCUCAGGCAGACCUCUACAGGCCUCUAAGACUGCCAGUUGUUCUGGUUGGCGAUUCGCGUCUGGGAGGAAUCUCAUCAUCAAUCUCGGCUUUCGAAUCACUGCUGAUUCGGGGUUACGAUGUGCACACGGUCUUGCUCUUCGAAGAUGACUACUACAAGAACCAUGAGUAUCUGCGUACGUACUUCGAAAAGAGAGGCAUACCAUUGCUCUCGCUUCCUCAGCCGCCUGAGAAACCACCAGUCGAAGACGCAGACGCACUUGCCAGAGAUGAAGAAGCUCUAGCUGCCUAUUAUGAGAGCGUGUCUAAGAAAUCUGAUAUCCAGGGUCUACUGGACGAUCUGUCUACCAAGAAUACGCAGAGAGUGGAUCGCCUAAGUUCAAUGGCGGAGCGCGCACACAAUGUCAUCUGGUAUCCAUUCACGCAGCAUCAAGGCAUGACCGCCAAGGAUAUCUCCGUGAUCGACUCGGCAUAUGACGACUACUUCCAGACCUACAAGCCGGACAGCGCUCAGGCGAGCAAUGCUGGUGCUGGUGUCUUGAAACCUACCUUCGAUGGCUCAGCCUCCUGGUGGACUCAGGGUCUAGGCCAUGGUAACCCAGAGCUCUCCCUGACUGCCGCAUAUGCUGCCGGACGCUACGGCCAUGUUAUGUUUGCGGGCACGGUCCACGAACCAGCUCUUUCUCUGGCAGAGUCAUUGAUCAAGGCCCACGAAAACCCCAGACUUGGCAAAGUGUUCUACAGCGAUAACGGAAGCACAGGUAUGGAGGUUGCUGUCAAAAUGGGUCUGAGAGCAUCUUGUGCACGUUACGGUUGGGACGGGAGCGAGGAACAGAUCAGCAUCCUGGGUCUGAAGGGAAGCUAUCACGGAGAUACCAUCGGUGUCAUGGACUGCUCCGAACCAUCCACCUAUAACAAGAAGGUGGAAUGGUACCGCGGACGUGGAUAUUGGUUCGACUUCCCUCAGAUCAAGAUGUCCCAAGGCAUGUGGCAUGUAGAGGUCCCUGAGGAGUUGAAAGAAGCGCUGGGACCCAAUCUCGAAUUCCCUACUCUAGACUCCAUCUUCAAUCUGGAAGAGCGCGUCAACUCAGACGCCGCCAAGCGCUAUCGCUCAUACAUCCAAAGUACCAUCGAGGAUCUCGUUGCCAAGGAAGGAAAGAAAUUCGGCGCUCUCAUCAUGGAGCCGAUCAUCCUUGGAGCCGGCGGAAUGCUCUUUGCCGAUCCCCUAUUCCAAUACACCCUCACCCAAGUCACCCGCUCCAACCCACAACUCUUCAGCCCCAAGGCUCCAUCGCCCUCAACGACAUCCUGGUCCGGCCUCCCCGUCAUCUUCGACGAAGUCUUCACCGGUCUAUACCGUCUCGGUCGUCGCACCGCUGCCUCCUUCCUAGGCUUACACCCGGACAUCACAGUCAACGCCAAGCUCCUCACAGGCGGUCUACUCCCCCUCUGCACCACCAUGGCCAGUAACGAGAUCUUCGACGCCUUCUCCAGUCCCGAGAAGAGCGACGCUCUCCUCCACGGCCACAGCUACACCGCCCACGCGAUCGGAUGUACCGUGGCUCAGAAAUCAUUACAGACAAUGAUGGACAUGGAGCAGACAGGCCAAUGGAACCCGUACCAGGCCGAUUGGACUUCUGCAUCAUCUCCCGCCGCCCACACAAAGCCCGAAGACGCUAUUUGGAGUAGUUGGUCCCAUGGUCUCGUGCGGGAUCUCUCCUUCGCGCACUCUGUCGAGGGUCUGUUUGCAAUUGGUACCGUGUUGAGCAUUACUCUGCGUGAUGAAUCUGGAAAAGGAGGUUCGUUACGAUCAUUCCCCCUUCCCACUCGACGGAACUAUCUUCGUCAUUUUAACUCCAGUCUAGGUUACACCUCAACCGCCGCUCAGGGCCUUCAGAAACGACUUGCCGUGACGGGUAAGCCGUACGGUGUGCACUCUCGGGUACUAGGUAAUGUGAUCUACCUCAUGGCUAGCGUGACAUCUAAGCCUGAAUCUCUGAGAGAGAUUGAGGGGUUGUUGCGUGAGGCUCUUUUGUGA